AGAGGCUCCGUUCACGCGUCAGUCAGAGUCAGCACUAAAUGCUGUCCCAUCCGAUCUCGCCCAGAGGGCUUGUGUACACCGCAUCUCCUCGCUUCUCUCAGGCGCCGACACGGGGAACAGAAAACCACCACCACCAUGUCAUCCAGGUGUAAAAAAUCACUUUGAAGACCGACUGGAGGAAGGAACCGCCGCACAUCACGUUGAGCGACAUUUACGCGGAGCGACGGAAGAGACGCGCACUCACCGCGCCGCGCUGCUGGAAUAACCAUUUUAAUUCCUCCAACGCGUCCUUUUCCCUUUUCCAUCUCCUCUCGACCGAAUCCCCUGCCCAUUACGCGCAAAGAUGACAUCGUCAGGCAAGGACAACAGCGGUCAUUACGCCAAUUAUGUUGGACCCUACCGCCUGGAGAAGACGCUCGGCAAAGGACAGACAGGUCUGGUGAAGCUAGGAAUCCACUGUGUCACGUGUCAGAAAGUCGCCAUAAAGAUUGUCAACCGGGAGAAGCUGAGCGAGUCUGUGCUCAUGAAGGUGGAGCGGGAGAUAGCCAUUCUAAAACUGAUAGAGCAUCCCCACGUUUUAAAACUCCAUGACGUGUAUGAAAAUAAAAAAUAUCUGUACCUGGUGCUGGAGCACGUGUCCGGGGGAGAGCUGUUCGACUACCUGGUGAAGAAGGGCCGACUAACGCCCAAGGAGGCCCGCAAGUUCUUCAGACAGAUCAUCUCUGCCCUCGACUUCUGUCACAGCCAUUCCAUAUGCCACAGAGAUCUGAAACCAGAGAACCUGUUGCUGGACGAGAAGAACAACAUCAGGAUAGCAGACUUCGGCAUGGCUUCUCUGCAGGUCGGGGACAGCCUACUGGAGACCAGCUGUGGAUCUCCACAUUAUGCCUGCCCAGAGGUUAUCAGGGGAGAGAAGUACGACGGGAGGAAAGCAGAUGCGUGGAGCUGCGGGGUUAUCCUCUUUGCACUGUUAGUGGGCGCCCUGCCGUUCGACGACGACAACCUGAGGAACCUUCUGGAGAAGGUGAAGCUGGGCGUGUUUCACAUGCCUCACUUUAUCCCCCCCGACUGCCAGAACCUGCUGCGGGGCAUGAUCGAGGUGGACGCCACCAAGAGGCUCACGUUAGAGCAAAUCCAGAAGCAUACAUGGUAUCUAGCCGGGAAGAACGAGCCCGAGCCCGAGCAGCCGGUGCCCAGGAAGGUGGCCAUCAGGAUGCUGGCAGCCCUGGAGGAGAUCGACCCGGACGUCCUGGAGAGCAUGCACUCUCUGGGAUGCUUCCGGGACAAGGCCAAGCUCACCAAAGACCUGCUCUCCGAGGAUGACAACCAGGAGAAGAUGAUCUACUUCCUGCUCCUGGACCGUAAGGAGAGGUACCCCAGCCAGGAGGACCAGAACCUGCCCCCCCGCAACGAGAUAGUUGACCCGCCCAGGAAGCGCGUGGACUCCCCCAUGCUGAGCCGUCACGGCAAGCGGAGGCCAGAGAGGAAGUCCAUGGAGGUGCUGAGCGUGACGGAGGGGGGGUCCCCGGUACCGGUACGACGAGCCAUCGACAUGGCAACCCACGGACAGAGGUCCCGGUCCAUCAGCGGGGCGUCCUCCGGUCUGUCCACCAGUCCUCUCAGCAGUCCUCGGCCCGUCAGGCGGUUCUUCGUGCCCCCCCAGUCCCCCGACCUCUGCCAGUCCCCCAACUGUAGCCCCACCCACUCGCCGGGGGUCAGCCUUAACGGGGUGGGGCCUCGCGGACCCCACUACCAGCCAAAGAUGGGCUCCCCCCUCAUGCACCCCCGCACCCAGACGCUCCCGGCCAAGCCCAAAAUGUCGGAGAAGCCCCUGCAGACCACCCGCUCCAACCCCCUGCCCAGCACGGCCGGGGCCCCCGCCGCCCCCAAGUCCGAGCCCUCCACCCCGAGCCAGCCCCCGGCGCCCUGCGUCCCGGGCAGCCCCCGGGCGAGGCGCCACCCUCCCCUCACCGUGCCCCCCAAGCUCUCCAUCCCGCUGUCCCCCGUGCCCCCCAUGUCCCCGCUCCGCCGCCACCCGCCCCCGCCCCGCCGACCCCACCACCACCACCACCCUGACCACAACGGCAAAUGUCUCCCCCCCGUCGCGCAGGUGACCCCCCACCCCUCGCCGCGAGGCAGCCCUCUCCCCACCCCCAAGGGCACCCCCGUGCACACGCCCAAGGACAGCCCCGCCGGCACGCCCAGCCCCACGCCCCCGCCCAGCCCCUCCAUCGGCGGGCUGCCCUGGAGGACGCGCCUCAACUCCAUCAAGAACAGCUUCCUGGGCUCGCCGCGCUUCCACCGGAGGAAAAUGCAAGUGCCCACCCAGGAAGACAUGUCCAGUCUCACCCCGGACUCUUCUCCAGAGCUGGCGAAAAAGUCGUGGUUCGGGAACUUCAUCAACCUGGAGAAGGAGGAGCAGAUCUUCAUCGUGAUCCGGGACAAGCCCCUCAGCUCCAUCAAGGCGGACAUCGUGCACGCCUUCCUCUCCAUCCCCAGUCUGAGUCACAGCGUGAUCUCCCAGACCAGUUUCCGGGCCGAGUACAAGUCCACGGCGGGCCCCACGGUCUUCCAGAAGCCCGUCAAGUUCCAGGUGGACAUCACCUACACAGAGAACACCGGCGCCACCAAGGAGAACGGCAUCUACUCCGUCACCUUCACCCUACUGUCAGGCCCCAGCCGGCGUUUUAAGCGCGUGGUCGAGACCAUCCAGGCCCAGCUGCUGAGCUCCAUGGACCAGCCGACCGGCCAGCCCCAGAUCUCUGGCAUCAUCCAUAAAAACUAUUAACGGCCAGUCGCAGGCCCGUCGCCGCGGCGCCCAGCGAGCCACAGACAGAAGAAAAGAAGAGAGAGCUCCUCUCUCUCUCUCUCUCUCUCUCUCUCUCUCUCUCUCUCUCUCUCUCUCCUUCCUAGUCCAGACCUCACACCCCAUCGCCAACCCGCCUCACAAACAGAGGACUACCAAUGCGCACACACGCACAGUAACACACACACACGCCAUACUUUUCUUCCCUCCCCCCGUCCACGCCAUCUCUGCUCCAACCAGGCUGAAGACAAGAGGCCUCGCUGUCCGAAGUACGAGCAACAGGAUACAAAAGAUAUGAAUUAAAGCCUUAAGACAAUGAUGUUUGUCCGACUCACACACACCAACGUACCCCCCCAAGCCCCUGACAUUCCCCCAUCCACAAUCUCUCUCUCUUCUUUCUCUUUCGAACAUGGAUAUACAAAAAAAAACACACACAUAUAAACACACACACGCCCACCGCACGCACACUCACAGGACUUGUUUGCGGGAUGUAUUGACGUGCACGCGCUGCGACCAGGAAGCGGCAGGCAGGGGGCGUGGCCAUAGGCAGGGGGCGUGGCCAUGGGCCCAGACUGAGCCAUGUUCGAUUGUAGUUUAUUUUUAAUGUAGUUCUCUUUUUCUUUGUGGACAAGAAGCCCUCCUCCUCAAGGCGAUUGGUCAUUGGUGUAAAUGACACGAUUUGCCCGCUGAUGAAAUACUUACGGAGAGGUUAUGGGAUAGUGGGGUAGGGUGGGAUACAUAGUUGAAUGAUUAUAUUGUGUUGUACAGGCUAAAUGAUGUUCUGUAUGUAUAAAAAGUAGUUGUUGACAUUACAUUUAGCCCAGUUGUGUUGCCGAGAGUUUCUUCUUAUUAUUCUUUUCUAAAUAUAUUCUCCAGACGAGUCUGUUAUCGAUGAAAUGUCUCACUUUCCUUUGCACUUUGAACCAGUGAAUCAAAGUUCUGUCGCACCACGUUGAUUGUUUUGGUGUCUUUGAAUUUAUUUAAUUUUUUUCGAUGUUGCUUUUGAAGUAUCUGCAGGAUUCAGACGAUAUCUGCAAUGUAUAUUUUUGUACUUUUGUCUUUCUUUUGGUUAUUAAUUUAUUGUCUGUUAUUUAUAUGAAGGAUGUAGGAAAUUGUUUCUCGAUGAGUCAAAUUAUUUAAAGGAUUGUUUUUUGUUUGUUUUUGUCACGUUUUAAUUUAUUGACCAUUUACGAUUCUUGAUAAAAAAUGUUUGUGGACGGUCAGCGCUUCUCUGGCGUUUUGAGCAGAAAGCUUUGUAACAUAUGUUUGAAGAAAAAAAAAUGAUUUAACGUAAUUUAAGAAUGUAGACUAGCCUCUUUGAGAGGAAACCUUUCGUUGGAUCUCGUCAGCUCCUCUUUGUGUGUGCGAAGACUUCAGACGCCCGGCCUCUCAUCCUGUAAAUACCAGUUCACCCACAAGCUUAUUCAAAAGAAAAGGACAACAAAAAGACAAAAAACAAAAACACGAAAACCCCACGGAGGAUACCUAAUCUUAGCUUUGACCUCGUACGGUUGUUUGCAUGUUCAGCAUUUGUCUUUUCUUUGCAUGUUGUCGUUACAAUUAAUCUCCUGUCCGACCCAACCCACUCCUAGUUUCGUUCUUUCUUAGGAUUUCCGUUCAAAUAUUCUUAAUUUUUUGUAUUUUGACACGCAUCUGUGGUCGAUUCAUUUUCUUUCUUCAGGUUUAGUUUUUUUAUUCUCCCCCUUGUACGUAGCCUCCUCUCCCCCUCUCUCCCUCCCUCUCCCCUUAAGAUGAUCUCCUGUUGGGUGAGCUGUGAGCCCACAGAGCUGCAUCCACCCUGUUCAGUCUCUCGUAGAGGGAUCCGGCGCACCGGGGCGGAUCACAAUGUACACGUAUCCCUCCGCCGCCCCGACUGGCAUUGGUAUACGCGAGAGAAAAAUAAAAGCAAUACCUAUC